AUGUCCGGCACAGAAACAAGAGGCAGGGGCCGCAGAGGGCGCGGCGGAGGGGGCGCAGGAAACAGACAACCGAACGGACAUCGACGGUCCGCAUCAAAUGGCGCAGAGUUCAAGCUGGAAAGAGCGCACGACUUCUCCACACAAGCAGCGCCGCGCGCACCUCUACCGGGCUCAUCAAUGGCCUCUCAUCUCGCCACGUCUUCCUUCGCAUCCCUUUCUGACCGCGUCGAUGAGCGAAUCCUCUCUUUCAUCCCUUUCGAGAGCAUGUCGGACGUGCAGAGCGCUUCUCUCGACCCUGCGCUCUCUGGAAAAGAUGUCUUGGUGCAGGCAAAGACAGGCACGGGAAAGACUAUCGCAUAUCUUUUGCCCAGCUUGCAGAGACUUUUGAGCGGGCCACCAAGCAACGGGCAACACGUCAGGUUGUUAGUGCUCAGUCCUACCAGAGAAUUGGCGCUGCAGAUUCAGGUCAGUGGUGUCGUCUGCGGACUGGUCCCAGACCUUGCAAACGCCAAGCUGACAGACAUGCCGUGCUUUCGCAGAGAGAGGCGGAAAUGCUGCUACCGGGCUUACGAGGAGUGCUGGGCUCGCAAUGCGUCAUUGGAGGCUCGAACGUGAGUGCAGCGUCCAAGACGCAGCUUAGAAGCACCAUUGUGGGCCAGCUGACAUCCUCGACCGGCUUCGAUGGAAGAUCAAUACCGAGCGCCAGCUGCUACAGCGUCAACGCAAGGACAUUUUGAUAGCGACACCAGGAAGAGUGAGUUGCUGCAGUGAAUGUGUUGGUCCUGGCACAUCGUCGCCGCAAGCUGACAUCAUGUUUGGAACUGUCGACGCAGUUGAUGGAUCAUUUGCAAACAUCCAAUUUGGCACCUUCCGUCUCCAAGCUGCAGAUUCUGGUGGCAGAUGAAGCUGACCGCAUGUUCGACAUGGGCUUCCGACCAGUGCUGGAACAGAUCCAAACCUUCUUGCCCACUAGGUCCCAGGGCAGACAAACGCUACUCUUCAGUGCCACGGUCCCUAAGGGUCUGAAGGAGACAGCCAGAUUAGCUCAAGAUGCCGCGUUUAUCAAUUGCCUCAGCGAAGAAGAGGCCAACGUGCACAAGCACAUCAAGCAGCGUGAGUGCGCGCUGUUUCAGGGAUCGCAGCUGAGCGCGAACCUGACAUCAGGUGCGUUCCGUCGCUCUUAGAGUAUGUCCUUGCACCUUUGGCAGACCAGCUGGUCAUGGCUUUGCACUACGUACUGCAAGAUAUCAAAGUCAACGGACCGGAAAGCAAGCCCAUUCUCUUUUUCCAGACCGCCCGCUCCGCUUCCUUGGCGCACGAUGUCUUCGAGACUCGGCCUUACAAGGAGGCUAUCGCGCAAGCAGGAGGCAAGAACUUCGAGGUCUGCGCCAUUCACAGCAGAAUGUCACAAGGCGCUCGCGUUAGAAACACCAACAAUUUCGCCGCUGGCAAAAGCGGGGUGCUGCUCAGCUCCGACGUUGCUGCUAGAGGAGUGGACUUCCCCGGCGUAAGCUUGUGAGUAUUUGUAUUGGAUUCUGGAAGGAGAUGCUAAACCUUGCCGACUGACUGACCAUGGUGUCAUGCUUCUGCGUGCACGCACGGCAGGGUGCUCCAAUUGGGUGCGCCGAGCGAAGUGGACCAAUACAUCCACAGAGUAGGCAGGACCGGCAGAGCAGGCGCUGGGGGAAGCGGAAUGCUGGUGCUCAACGACUUUGAGGGAAAGUUUGUACAAAAAGCAGCUUUCAAGGAGCUGCCCGUCACAAAGGUUGACAGGGAUGCUGCAUUCGAAGAUGCGCUCGGCUAUGCAAGACAGGUCUAUAAUGCUGCUAUCGGCCAGGUCGGGGACGACGAAAAGGCCGCGACGUACAGAGCUGUAGGUUAUCAUCCGAAGUGACGAUCGCGCAAAGAUCAAGACGCUGACCAGACUCGCCCGUUUGCUUUUUCGGUCUGUCAGCUCAUGGGCUAUCUCAACGGAGAAAAGAAGUGGAUAGGAUGGGACUCCAAGGAAUUGGUUGUUCGCAUGAACGAAUACGCCAUUCAAGGCCUGAGGUUUGCCGAGGCCAGUGGAAGCCUGCCGGGCAUCACUCCCAAAGCUGUGGGCAUGAUGAACCUCAAGGUAAGUGACGUCGUCUGGACUCGUGCUGUUCUCGCGCCCACAAUCUACGAUUGCUCGACGCUGAAUUACUUGCCCGGCUACGCGUCACCCACAGCCAUUCUCUCAUAUGCUCAACAUCCAGAGGGACGACAAGCAGCAACAAGGAGGAGCGGGAGGCAGCCGUGGUGGCGGUGCUGGACGUGGAGGUAGAGGAGGAGCGCAUGGAGGCUCCGGACGAAAUCAGGGCGCCAAUGGGCUUCCGAGCAGCGAUUCCAGUUCAGGACGCGGCUCGGGCGCUCAGCGAGGAAUCGGUGGAGGGGGGCCACGCAGAGGAGGCGGUGGUGGCCGAGGACGCGGUCCCAAGCCGUACUGA